AUGGCUUCUGAUCCUACUCCUCCGAGAGGGGGCAUGUCCCUGUAUGCCAACCUACUAAAUCCGUCUGGCGAUACACCUGGCACCAUCUCCCGUGCCCCUGUUGUCUUUAAGCAGGCGGAGACAGAACCUCAACCUGAUGACGCGAGCGUCAAAAAGCAACAACUGAAUCCUGCCUCCCUUCGAUUCCAACCCCCCAAAAGACCACAGCUCUCAGCCCAGAAGCCAAAAUCGAAACAUACUUUACCCAAGGCACCUCAACCACAGCCCUCAGCUAACCCUUCGAUACCGACAAAGAGCACUUUGGCUGAUUGGACGGCCAUUGAAGAUGACGAGUAUGAGUACGCCCGUGAGAAGCGACAGCGUGGUGGAAGAAAGAAGCGCAAGAAGAACUUUGAAACACAUGUUGUCCAAAACUGGGAAGAUAUCUACGACUCUUCUCGGCCUACAAAUUGCGCGGAAUACGGCCAUAGUGACGAGAAGAUCUUUGAAGUCCGCGAGUGGAAGGAUACCUUGUAUGCGCUUGCUAGGAAGCGCUCACCGAGCAGGUAUUCCGAUAGCGAUGAUUAUGACCAGCCAAAAAAGCAACAAUUUGCGCCUCCAAGCAACUUUGCGCCGCCGCCAAACCUCAAUGACGUGCCACCACCAGCUUCUAUCCCCAAUGACACAUCUGGGGACGAUGCCUUUGCUCGCCGUGCAGCAUUAGGGCAACGCCUCGACAAUGAUUCAAUCGCUACUCACGCACAAAUUCCGCCUUCAUCUCCAAGCCGAGCUGAAGAUCCUAUUCCAAUUUCCGAUGACCCUCCAUCGGGACAAACCAUCCCACCUCCACCACCACGCCCCCUUGACGCCUUCCAGCCAAGCUCUGCAACCAUAUCCCGCGCACCAGUCCGAUACAAUCUUCCGCCACCCCCAGAAGAAAUCCCAGCCUCCGAAGCCGAACUUGAAGCCGCAUUGGCCCAAGAUCAACCGGCAGACGAGGAAGAACCAGACGAGUCCGCUCCACGGUCUCUUCGUCCCGGGCAACAAGGUUUCGCAGAACGACUGCUUUCCAAGUAUGGCUGGACCAAGGGUUCCGGCCUCGGCGCUACUGGUUCUGGUAUGGUGAAGCCGCUGCAAGUCAAGCUUGAGAAGCGAAAGAAGCGACCAGACUCAGAGGGUGGUGGCUUUGUCACACCUGCCGGGCGAGGUAAGAUCAUUGGAAGCAACAAGAAGGGCGAAUAUGAAACCAGCAAGUUUGGCCCUAUGAGUGAGGUGGUCAUCCUACGGGGCAUGUUGAACGGUAUGGACCUGGAUGCGGAGAUAGAGGGAAGCCAUAAUGGUGGCUUGGUACAGGAGAUUGGAGAUGAAUGCAAAGAGAAGUAUGGGGACGUGGAGCGAGUCGUCAUCCCUCGCGACGUCGGAACCCCAGUCCCGGUCUUGAUCAAAUUUACUCAUCCCUUGUCUGGUCUACGGGCCGUGAACGCGCUCGAAGGCCGGAUCUUCAAUGGCAACGAAAUCACGGCACGAUUUUUUGAUCUCGACAAGUUCAACCAAGGGAUUUACACAGUCUAA